AUGGCUCCCUGGACACGAAAAACCUCAGGUCGCGACGGCGGCUUCGAUCCAACUUACCGAUUUGCAACCUCGUGGAUAGUUUCCCCGGCCGUCCUGUUCUUCGCACGCGCACUCCUCUCGCUAUAUGCUUUUGCGACACAAUUCUAUAUCUUUGGCUGGAAUGGCACACAUGGGAGGGGCGUAGACACUGGACACUCAUUCUCGUACUUCACCAUCCUUACGUACUGGGGACUUGCGUUUUACUUUGCAUUCGCUGCUCUUCAUACGGGGAGCUACUGGCUUACUGGAAAGCCGUUCUUGCAUCGCUGGAUCGCCCCUCUCCGAUGGGCGCACAGCGCCUUCUACUCCACCAUCGUUGUGUAUCCUUUCAUCGUGACUGCCGUCUUCUGGGCUCUACUUGCGCCGGAGAAUGGAUUUGCUUCGACCAAGGACCUGUGGUCUAAUACGUCCCAACAUGCGCUCAACUCGUUCUACGCGCUAUUCGAGAUAGUCUUCCCACGUACCGAGCCGUUGCCUUUUCUACACAUAAUCGUCAUUGUCAUCGUCUUGGCCCUGUAUCUUUCUCUUGCAUAUCUCACUCACGCGUUGCAAGGUUGGUAUACAUACGAUUUUCUCGACCUGAGCAAACACUCGGGCGGUGUCGUAGCAGGUUACAUUGUUGGAAUCCUUGUUGGGUCUAUCAUUGUCUUCCUCAUUGUGAGGUAUCUGAUACUGCUCCGACUCUGGCUGACGGAGAAGAAGCUUGGCAUGACCGGAAAGUUCUCCAGCCGUGAUCAACGAGGUGUGAGAGAUGAAGAAGCGGGGAAACAUGUGCAAAUGCAUUCUAUCAACGUCAAGUAG